AUAGGCCACGCGGCGUUGACGAGGUCAACCACCGGUCACGAAUGCAGCAACGGUCGGCCCACAGUGAAGAAAAAAUCAAUAUACUAAUAAAAUUACUAAUACAAUAAUAAUGUCUAUAAUUUUACUUUUUCCACACAUGCUACAAUUGAUUUAUAAUUAAAAUACUAGACUUAACAGUUCAUUCCGUAAAAAACAAAAACUAGUUGUUUCAGUCUGGCAACUAGCGUAACAAUGACGUCAUGAUACUUAAAAUAGCGGAUAGAAAUGUCAGCGUGGGUACCUCAUCCUCGAGGAAGAUUUUAGAAAAAAUGUUUACAUGUCCACAUCACCCAGCAGUCCGAACCAGUCAUUGAACGUGCCACCAAACCACUCGUCUCCAUUCCUCCCUGGAUAUCUUCUUGGUGAUCAUCAUUCUUACCAUCAUGGUGUUACAUCAAGCCCAAAGAUUUGGUCAUCUAAUGCUGGACAAAGUCCCUCACAAAAGAUGGGUCAAUCUAAUCAGUUGUCCAUGACUCCAGCAGCUACUGGUCUAUUGCGGAGAGAAUCAGUGCGAGGGAAGCCUGGGGGUCCGCCAACCAAAACUCUCUACUCUAGUCCUACUUCUGUGGAGAACUCAUUUUCACAGGCGCUAACUCCAGGCUCAAACAGAAAUCAAACAACGCCCAUGCUGAGGCCGAUGACAGGCACAGCACCCCCCACAGCUGGACUGUUUCAAACCCCUGGGCCAUCACGAGAUACAAGUCUACAGAUGUUGAACCAGAGCCAGACCUUGCCCAUCUCUCCUGCACAAGUUGACCCCUUCUACACACAAGGAGAUUUAAAGUCAGACGAUGUAUUGGAUGAAACCUGGGUGACAGUGUUUGGCUUUCCACCUGGCGCUACAUCUUUCAUUAUACAACAGUUUUCACAGUACGGGACCAUUCUUAAACAUGUGGUCGCCGCUGAGUGCAACUGGAUGCACAUACACUAUUUGUCUAAACUGCAAGCUAAGAAAGCUCUAAGCAAGGAUGGGAAAAUUUUUGGGGGUUGUAUGAAAAUUGGUGUCACACCCUGUAUUGAAAAGGCAAUUAUGGAGGAGAAAUCAAAUAGUUCAGUUAAUGACUCCAUGAGGUCUCAGACUGAUAACAAUGCUUCAACACCCACACCCAUACGUCCAUUAACUGCAGCAUAUGUUGCUUCUAGAGGGGAGUAUGAGGUGUUACGAGAUAACCCAACACCGAAAAGAGACGCCAGCCUCGUGUCCAAGUUAAAAGAAUACAUGUUUGGAUAUUGAACUCUGAUAUGUGAUCCCUACAGAUGCCGCUAUUGUAUAUAGUUUUAACUGUUGUCUUGUUGUUGAAGUAAUAAGAAGAUGCUCAUAUAAUCUGCUUUUAUUUUUAAUUGUACGAACCAUAAACUAAUAUUUCAAUAAAAUGUAGACAGGUAAACUAUAACUGUCUGUGCAGGAAAAAUUU